AUGAAGAGAACAAGAAAGCGUUCUCAUAAGAAAACUGAGGUAAGUCAGGAAAAUUCUGACGAAUUUAAAAACAAAUAUAGAAAACUUAGUAACGGCUCAAAAGAGCACGAACAGCAGAUAUCUCCUGGAGAUUCCAGGAGAAAGAGAAGUAGGAGCUGCAAUGAGCAGGACAUUGAGAGAGGGAGAGAUCCCAAAAGACGGCUCCUUGCUGAGGAACGCAUCAGAUAUCAAGGUCAGAAAAGAUACAGGACCUCUAGUCAUGAUGAAGAGGAGCAGCUUAUGCAGAAAAGACCAAAGCUCUCCUCAUCUCCAAAACUGGAUCAGAAAAGUGAGAGAAAGUCUGCUGUAAAGAGCGAUCAGACAUCUCCACCCAGAAAGCAAGCCCUGAAACGAAGCAGGGAAUACGAUCAUGGGGAGCAGCUCAUGCAGAAAAGACCAAAGCUCUCCUCCUCACCAAAACUGGGUCAGAAAAGUGAGAGAAAAUCUGCUGGAAAAAGCAGUCAGACAUCUCCACCCAGAAAACAAGCCCUGAAAAGAAGCAGUGAAUAUGAUGAGGAGGAGAAGGAACAAGUUAGGCAGAAAAAGAUAAAGAUCUCCUCUGGAAAGCAGGAAGAGGAGAAAAGAGAUGAAGAGGAGAUAGGAGAGAAAAAGUGCUUUAAGAAAGAAAACAAGUCAACGAGCGACGAUGAAUGUGUGGCAGGUAAGAUGAACCUACAAGCUUUAAACAGAUUGGUCAAUUUAAAAUAUAAGAGAUUUUUCCCUCAAUUGACCAUACUCUGAACCCAUUCACUGUCUCUCUUUAAUCACUAUCUCCCGUACUUCGGUGACCAUGAGUGUUCAGGUGAUGGUUUUUUAAACUAUAAUGGUACAGACCAAUAUUUCAAGACCUUUGAUAUAUCUAGAAUAUUUAUCCAUCCAUUAGGAAUUAGCCAAUGAUAUUCAUGGCUAAUGUACCACAAACUAUAAAGUCUUUUUAAUGAAAUGGUCCAUGAUGUGAUAUUUACAAACAAUAUUAUUAUUUCAUAUAACUGGGUGGGAUCGGAAGAUUUGUAGGGUGAAUCAGGGGUACUAGAGAAAUUAAGUUGGUUCCUGUGUUUAUGUUGAAGUGGAGACUAAUAUUAUGUGUUCAUUCUUUAAGGAGUAAGUGGACAGUCUGUGGUUGAACCAAAGAAGUCACUGCCUCUGUCAUUCACCGGUUACAGAUUCCACAAAGUGCUGGGACAGGGGAGUUAUGGAAAGGUGAGUCAACGAGCAAUGUAUACACCUUAUUUAAUACAUCUAUUGAUUUAGUAGGGAACGAUUAUAACUCUCAUAAUCAUCAUUAUCUUCCUAUAACAAUUAGUUGAGAUUAACUUUCUUGUAAAUCAGUGUAUCAUCCAUGAAUGUGGAAAACAUAUUAACAUCUGCAAAGUAUUUAGAACAUUUUAUUGAGACUCCAAAAAUAAUCUACAGGACUCUUCUAUUAUGGGAUGUUUAACAUGGCUUAUUAUACUAACAGUUCUAUUAAAUCUUCUCAAAUUAUUUUUAUUAAACAAUUAUUGAAAAACAUAUUGAUAACAAUAUGGAACAAAAAUCUAAGAAAAGUAAACAAUCGAGUUAUGAAUAAUGAAAAGCAGGUGAGGGGAAAACAUAAAUAAAAGAAGGUGAUAGGUUUCAUCCAUAGAUACAUGAAAUACAAUUCUAAAAGUUGCACAAAAUACUAUUUAUUUAUUUAUAAAAUAUUUUACCAGGAAAGAUACAUUGAGAUUUCUCUCGUUUUCAAGUAUGUCCUGGGUCCACAAAUCAUUGCAUUGUUACAUUAGGUACAACAAAAUACAAAACAAUAUUAAUACACAAUAUAUACAAAAUUUAACAUAGAACAGGCAGGAAAUAUAUAAUCAACCAUGACACGUGCAUUCUGUUUUGAGGUAUAUAGAGAGGGAUCUCUUAAAUGACUUUAGGCUUAGGGAAGAUUUUAAAUUGUGCGGGAGGUCGUUCCACAAUUGCGGCAGUAGGAAGGAGGAUCGGGCCGCUUUCUUUUUGUAUUGAGGUAGACUAAGUAAAGUGCUUGUACUGGAUCGGAGCUUAUAGAAAGUGGGAACAGCUAAGGAAAGCAUUUUGUUCAGGUAGGGUGGGAGUUUCCCAGAGAAGCUCUUAAAAACAAGGCUGGAAAGAUGAAGGGUGCGUCUGGAUUCCAGCGACAGCCAGUUUAGUUCCUUUAGCAUGUCACAAUGAUGGGUCCUGUAAUUACAUUGUAGCACAAAUCGGCAGAACAAGUUAUACAAUGUGUUGAGUUUAUUAAUGUGGGAUUGCGAUGCAGACGCAUAUACUACAUCCCCAUAAUCAAUGAUUGGCAUCAGCAUUUGCUGUACAAUCUUUUCCUUUACUGUAGGGCUUAGGCAGGCUUUGUUUCUGUACAGGGUACCUAAUUUUGGAUAAAGUUUAGAUGCAAGCUUUUCUAUGUGCAGGCCAAAAGAUAAAUUGGGGUCUAAUAUCAUACCCAAGUAUUUGAAAGAGUGGACUGCGGUCAGUGUGCCAUUUGAAUUUGUUUUGAUGGAUAGGUGGGGAUUGUGUAAUUUGUGCAAUUUAGGUACUGUUCCAAAGAUCAUUGUGACAGUUUUGUCAGUGUUCAGGAAGAGUUUGUUUUUUGCGAUCCACUUUUCUACCUCUGUAAACUGGUCUUGGAGCAAAGCCUCAAGUUGCGGUAGAUUGGGUUUGCUCGCAUAGAUUACCGUGUCAUCUGCGUACAUGUGUACAUUUGAGGAUUGGCAGACAUAAGGCAGAUCAUUUAUAAAUAAUGUAAAUAGUAGGGGGCCGAGAAUGGAACCCUGGGGAACACCACACGUGACCGGGAGAGGGAGGGAGUCACUGUCAGAAAUGGACACAUAUUGCGAGCGAUCCGAUACAUACGAUCGAAACCAGUUUAAAGAAUGAUCACCAAUACCUGAGUUUUCGAGUUUGUGCAGUAGAAUGUCGUGGUCUACUGUGUCAAAGGCCUUAGCAAAAUCAAGGAAAAUAGCUCCAGUUAGGGCUCCUUGUUCCAUGCCAGUUUGGAUGUCAUUGCAAACUUUUAAGAGGGCAGUUGUAGUGGAGUGAUUCUGGCAAAAGCCCGAUUGAUCAGGGUCAGAUAGUUUAAUUGUUGGUAGUACUCACAUAGUUGCGCAUGGACACAUUUUUCUAAGAUUUUUGACAAUACUGGGAGCAAUGAUAUUGGGCGAUAGUUAGAAACCAAAGUAGUGUCACCACUUUUAUGGAUAGGCACUACUCUCGCAGUCUUCCAAAGUUUGGGUAUGUAUCCAGACACCAAGGAUUCGUUAAUUAGAGUUGAGACGGGUUUAGCAAUUGCCGGCGCACUGAGCUUCAACAGCAUUGCUGGGAUUUGAUCAGGUCCGGACUGGUUUUUCAUUUUUAGAUUAUUAAGAUGUUUUUUAAUGACACUAACAGGUACAGGUCUAAAAUUAAACUUAUCUAUAUUGGGCCUUUGCAAAUUUAGUGGGGCCUGAUCCACAUUUGUAGUUUCAGGAUGCGUGUCAUUUAUUAGCUUGUCAAUCAGGGCAGUAGAGCAUCCGACAAAAUAAUUGUUAAAGGCAUUUGCAACAUCUAAAGGAAGUUGCAGGGUUUGGUUACCCACUUUGACAGUGGAGGGUUGGGAGUGGAUUGGGGGAGUUUGUAGUUUAUUUAUGACUUUCCAAAAGUUUCUAGGGUUUGAGAUGUUACUGUUCAGAUUUUCAUAGAAAUAUUGGGCCUUGGCCAGUUUUGUCUGUUUUGUGCAUAUAUUUCGCCAUUGUCUAUAUGCACCGUGAUCAUUCAUAGAGCCAGUACGCUUAAACUUUGACCACAAAGAAUCCCGAAACUGGUACAUUUGGAUGAGGUCAGCUGUGAUCCAGUUCAUAUGCGCUCCUUUACCCUCACCUUACGCAGCGGGGCAUGCAAAUUCCAGAUUUGAAGGAGUUCAGACUGAAAGUAUUCAACAGCACAGUCUAGAUCUGGGAUAAUGUUUAAUCUGUGCCAUGAGAGAUUCUUGAUGUCAUUUAAAAAGGAUUCAAGAUUAAAUUUUUUGAAGGACCUAGUUAUUUUAACCUUGGGAGAGGAUUUAAUAGCCUUUAUUUUGCGAACGCAGUACACUAAACAGUGAUCACUGAACGUGUUGGGGAGAACACCAACCUCCUGGAUUCUAUCAGGAGAAGUGCAGAGAAUCCAAUCUAGCAGGGUAUGUUUAUGGCUUUUAAUGUUUAUGCGAGUUGGGGAGGAGAUUAAUUGCGUUAGCUGCAAAGUCUUAAACAGCGUGCAAGAACUAUUAUUUUUAGGGUUCAGCCAAUCAAUAUUAAAAUCUCCAAAGACCAACAGUUCACUUUUUGGGUUUUGAGCUAUGGUUUCACUAAGGAGAUGGGCUAUGUCAGAAAGGGAAUGCACAGGAGAGCUAGGUGGGCGGUAGAUUCCUGCAACAAUGAUGGAUUUACUGCACGGGAUCUCAAUUGUGCCAGAAAGGAAAUCAAAGAUAGCAGGAGGACUAAGGUUUUGUAAAGGGGUAAACUUUAUGGAAUUGUCAACAUAAAUAACAAUGCCUCCUCCUCUCUUUGCUCUGUCAUUUCUAAAACAUGAAUAACCCUGUAUUGCAAUGGCGGUGUCUGGUAUUUUAGCCGUUAACCAUGAUUCUGAGAGCACAAUGAUUUUUGGUUUGUAAUGGGAACACCAGGCUUGCAGUGCAUCCAGUUUAGGGAGUAAACUACGGAUGUUGCAGUGCACAAAAGAGAGGCCUUUUUUAGUGGGGAGAUUAGGACUAGAAUUAGCUGGGGGACCAGGGUUAGACUCCACAUCAUUUGCAAGGGCAAGUAACAUAAGGAGUAGGAAUUUGGACAUCAUCUUUGUUUGGCCAUAUAGUGAAUGGGAUAAUUUUGUGAGUUUGGGGUAGGAGGGCUAUUUUUUAUAACUCUCCACCAGCACUCAGCAGAUAAGUUAAAGGAACAGAGCAGGCCAUGGUGUAUUAUAAUUUGUGUUCCAGUUUGAGGUGUGUGCUUAUGCUGGUAGUUGUGUGAACAAAAUUGGAUUGAGAAAAGGGUUAUUAAGAAUAACAGUAUGGUUAUAUUAGGAUUCAUGUUAGUGGUAUAAGGUGUGUAGUUGAAAAUGAAACAGAAAUUGUGAGGAAAAUUUUUUUUUUUUUAAAUAGAAGUAUAUGGUUUUGGUGUGUGAUAUCUAUUUGUAGUUCUACUGAAUCUUUGUAUCUUUCUCUAAACUCUGAUUAUUCACAUUAGAAUUACAGACAUAGGUCUGAAUUUAAUAUUUGGGUAAGCUUUUCAAAUGAUCACAAUCUCUUUUCAAAUUAUUCAUCUACUGAAGUCAUUACAGGCUAUAGGAAAAUGCUGUACAUAAUUCAUUUAUAAAAACAUUCUAACAGAUUGUGAUUAUUUGAUUAUCAAAGUUUAUCCAAAAAUAUUAAAUUGAGACCUUAGUUACAAUCUAGAUUUAUAUGUCCCUUACACAGCAAUCAUUCUCGAUCUCUGUGUGUAUAUAUAUAUAUAUAUAUAUAUAUAUAUAUAUCCCUGAUAUAGGGUUCUCAGGUAGGUCCCAGAGCUAUGUAUAUAUAUCCCUGAUAUAGGGUUCUCAGGUAGGUCCCAGAGCUAUGUAUAUAUAUCCCUGAUAUAGGGUUCUCAGGUAGGUCCCAGAGCUCUGUAUAUAUAUCCCUGAUAUAGGGUUCUCAGGUAGGUCCCAGAGCUAUGAAUAUAUAUCCCUGAUAUAGGGUUCACAGGUAGAUCCCAGAGCUAUGUAUAUAAAUCCCUGAUAUAGGGUUCACAGGUAGGUCCCAGAGCUAUGUAUAUAUAUCCCUGAAAUAGGGUUCUCAGGUAGGUCCCAGAGCUAUGUAUAAAUAUCCCUGAUAUAGGGUUCUCAGGUAGGUCCCAGAGCUAUGUAUAUAUAUCUCUGAUAUAGUGUUCUCAGGUUGGUCCCAGAGCUAUGUAUAUAUAUCCCUUAUAUAGGGUUCUCAGGUAGAUCCCAGAGCUGUGUAUAUAUAUCCCUGAUAUAGGGUUUUCAGGUAGGUCCCAGAGCUAUGUAUAUAUAUCCCUAAAAUAGUGUUCUCAGGUAGGUACCAGAGCUGUGUAUAUAAAUCCCUGAUAUAGGGUUCUCAGGUAGGUCCCAGAGCUAUGUAUAUAUAUAUCCCUGAUAUAGGGUUCUCAGGUAGGUCCCAGAGCUCUGUAUAUAUAUCCCUGAUAUACGGUUCUCAGGUAGGUCCCAGAGCUAUGAAUAUAUAUCCCUGAUAUAGGGUUCACAGGUAGAUCCCAGAGAUAUGUAUAUAUAUCCCUGAUAUAGGGUUCACAGAUAGGUCCCAGAGCUAUGUAUAUAUAUCCCUGAAAUAGGGUUCUCAGGUAGGUCCCAGAGCUAUGUAUAAAUAUCCCUGAUAUAGGGUUCUCAGGUAGGUCCCAGAGCUAUGUAUAUAUAUCUCUGAUAUAGUGUUCUCAGGUUGGUCCCAGAGCUAUGUAUAUAUAUCCCUUAUAUAGGGUUCUCAGGUUGAUCCCAGAGCUGUGUAUAUAUAUCCCUGAUAUAGGGUUUUCAGGUAGGUCCCAGAGCUAUGUAUAUAUAUCUCUGAUAUAGUGUUCUUGGGUUGGUCCCAGAGCUGUGUAUAUAUAUCCCUGAUAUAGGGUUCUCAGGUAGGUCCCAGAGCUAUGUAUAUAUAUCUCUAAAAUAGGGUUCUUAGGUAGGUACCAGAGCUGUGUAUAUAAAUCCCUGAUAUAUGGUUCUCAGGUAGGUCCCAGAGCUGUGUGUAUAUAUAUAUCACUAUAAUAGGGUUCUCAGGUAGGUCCCAGAGCUAUGUAUAUAUAUCCCUGAUAUACGGUUCUCAGGUAGGUCCCAGAGCUAUGUAUAUCAGGUUCUCAGGUUGGUCCCAGAGCUAUCUAUAUCCCUGAUAUAGGGUUCUCAGGUAGGUCCCAGAGCUAUGUAUAUAUAUCCCUGAUAUAGGGUUCUCAGGUAGGUACCAGAGCUGUGUAUAUAUAUCCCUGAUAUAGGGUUCUCAGGUAGGUCCCAGAGCUGUGUGUAUAUAUAUAUCCCUAUAAUAGGGUUCUCAGGUAGGUCCCAGAGCUGUGUAUAUAUAUCCCUGAUAUUGGGUUCUCAGGUAGGUCCCAGAGCUAUGUAUAUCAGGUUCUCAGGUUGGUCCCAGAGCUAUCUAUAUCCCUGAUAUAGGAUUCUCAGGUAGGUCCCAGAGCUAUGUAUAUAUAUCCCUGAUAUAGGGUUCUCAGGUAGGUACCAGAGCUGUGUAUAUAUAUCCCUGAUAUAGGGUUCUCAGGUAGGUCCCAGAGCUGUGUGUAUAUAUAUCCCUAUUAUAGGGUUCUCAGGUAGGUCCCAGAGCUAUGUAUAUAUAUCCCUGAUAUAGGGUUCUCAGGUAGGUCCCAGAGCUGUGUAUAUCGGGUUCUCAGGUUGGUCCCAGAGCUAUCAAUAUCCCUGAUAGGGUUCUCAGGUAGGUCCCAGAGCUAUGUAUAUAUAUCCCUGAUAUAGGGUUCUCAGGUAGGUCCCAGAGCUCUGUAUAUAUAUCCCUGAUAUAGGGUUCUCAGGUAGGUCCCAGAGCUAUGAUAUAUUCUCAGGUAGGUCCCAGAGCUGAUAUAGGGUUCUCAGGUAGGUCCCAGAGCUAUGUAUAUAUAUCCCUGAUAUAGGGUUCUCAGGUAGGUUCCAGAGCUAAGUACCGCUACCCGAGUAUAAGCCGAGUUUUUCAGCACAUUUUUUGUGCUGAAAAACCCCAACUCGGCUUAUACUCGAGUGAGUGUCUGUAUUAUGGCAAUUUACAUUAAUUUACAUUGCCAUAAUACAGACUGGGGGCUGGCAGAGCUGUUACUUACCUCUCCUGCAGCUCCUGUCAGCUCUCUCCUCCUCCGCGCCGGUCCGGUCAGCACCUCGGUCAGCUCCCAGUGUAAGUCUCACGAGAGCCGCGGGGUCAUAGUGCGGCUCUCGCGAGACUUACAGUGUGAGCUGACAGAAGAGCUGCACGGACCGGCGCGGAGGAGGAGAGAGCUGACAGGAGCUGCAGGAGAGGUAAGUAACAGCUCUGCCAGCCCCCCUCCUCACCCCACUGAACUGCCAAUGCCACUGGACCACCAGGGAAGGAGAGCCCCCCUCCCUGCCAUGUAUCAAGCAGGGAGGGGGGACAAAAAAUAAAUAAAUAAUAAUAUAUAAAUAUAAAUAAUAAUAAUAAUAAAAAAUAAAAAUAAAUUUUUUUUAUAAAAAUGCCCACCCCCCCACCAAGGCUCUGCAACACAAACACACACUGCAUCACACACACACACACACACACACACUGCACUCAUACACACACACUGCACUCAUACACACACACUGCAUUCAUACAAACACUGCACUCAUACACACACACUGCACUCAUACACACACACUGCACACUCAUACACACACUGCAUUCAUACACACACUGCAUUCAUACACACACUGCACUCAUACACACACUGCAUUCAUACACACACACUGCAUUCAUCAUAUACACACACUGUAAAUAAAUAUUCAAUUAAUAUAAUUUUUUUAGGAUCUAAUUUUAUUUAGAAAUUUACCAGUAGCUGCUGCAUUUCCCACCCUAGUCAACUACUCGAGUCAAUACGUUUUCCCAGUUUUUUUGGGUAAAAUUAGGGGCCUCGGCUUAUAUUCGGGUCGGCUUAUACUCGAGUAUAUACGGUAUAUUUAUUCUUUAUGUAGGUUUGUUUCAGGUAGGUUCCCAAGCUCUGUAUAGACAUCCCUCAGGUGGUGUUGAAGUGAUGUUACCACGUGAUAUCUGUAAUAUGUCCCCACUGAAUGAAGUUUUAAAUCACAAAGUAGCUAAAAUUUCCCAUUUCGUUUGUGACAUUGUGGCUGAUACGAGGCUCUCUCCUCUCUCUAUGUGAUGCUCAGGUUGUGCUAGCUUCCACCAAGGACACAGGUCAGGUUGUUGCAAUUAAAGUAAUAAAGAAAGAUAAAGUUAAGGAAAGGACCAUUCAGAAGGAGGAGCGGAUACUGCAAAUGGCGAGCGGCAGUCCAUUCCUAUGUCAGGGACUCGCUGCCUUCCAGACCCAGGUAAGAAACGCUGUCCAUAAUGUUUCCUUAUUUCUAUAUAUUUCUAUACGGCUGAUUGUGUUCUGUUAUUAUUAUUACAAUAUAUAUAUUAACUGGAUAUAUGUUAUCUCUCUUGUGAAACAGAAGGAAGCCUCCCUGGUCAUGGAGCACGUACCAGGGGGCAGUCUCCGUUCUUACAUGGCUGGAAAGGAAUGUCUGCCCAUGGGGGAAGCAAGGUGAGUCGUUAAUAGCUCUAGCAGGUAGGAGGAAGGAGUGAGUUUAACACACGAUACAGGAAUGUAAGGAUAUAUACAUAUACCCUCAAUAGUAGGACUAUUAAUGGAGAUCCAUCAGGGGUACAGACUGGGUUAACAGUAAUGUACUAAACCAGAAUUCCUUCUUCAAUAUCAGCCAGACAAUGGGCAAUACAAGAAACCCAGCUCUGAUCCUAUUCUAUGCUCGUGUCCUAUUUAUUCUUUCUUUCUCUCUCUUCCCUCCCUUUUUUUCCCCUCCUCCUCAGUGGUAUCUCGCUCACUAGCUGAGGACGGAGAAUCUUACAUCCUUCUGGAAUACGUGAUGGCUUAAAUGGUUGACGAGUUGGAUAAUCGGUUGAUAUCAUGGAUUCCAUCUGAUGAUAUCGUAUAUUACUAUGCUUUACAUGGUACUUCCUGCUAGGAAAGUUACUAUUGACAUGCAUGCCCAAACACCCAUCUUUCGAUAUACAGAGGCAACUUAGAACUUUUUAGAUGUUUUCCUUAUUAAUAACUAAUUCUGUGUCUGUCUGAGGCAUUACUGCAUGUGUUCACAUAAUUCUACCUGCUUUGUUCGAUUUAAAAAUAAAAAUAAAGAUUGUCUAAAACAAACAAAAAAAGAAACUCAGGACUAGCAGUGGGAUACGUUCUGUACUGACUGACGGCAGAUCGGGAGCCACUAGGGGUCAGCUGACCUGCCGCAGCGCUAAGCUGACUUCAGGGUGGAUCUCCUUCUACACACUUGAAAUACAAAUUGCUAUGACCAUGGAUCUUCGUAAUAAAUUCAUAUGUUUAUAGAUUAUUGAUUUGUACAUCUAACAAAUUGGAGGGGACUUGAAGAAUCAUAGAGCAGCUUGUGCUUUAUGGCAGAGAACCGAGAAGGGUUCAAUGGAUAAUAUAUCAAGGGACAGUCAUGUUCCAAAUUAAAACACUGAUGGUUUUAAUAACAAUAUUAAUGGUAAUAAAGUAAACUCUAAUCUCCCAAGGACAGGUCCUGUUUAGUUUAAAAUAAAAAUGUUAUGUUCAUAUUGGUCGCAGUGUUUAGCAUGAUGUAUAGAUACUCGUACCUUGCCCAGGUAUAUUUUAUUAUUUUAUUUACUAUUAAUGUUUGGGGGAGAUUGCUUUAUAUUCUUUAUAUUCUGUUUUCCAGGUUCUUUUCAUCAAACCUUGUUUGUGGGAUCCAGUACCUCCAUUCCCGGGGGAUCCUUCAUCGGUCAGUAUUAGCGUUAGUUUAUUCAGUAAGCGGUAACUUACUCUAACAAGAAAUAAUGUGUUUAUAUCUCUGCUCUGUCCUAUAUCUCACCUUUAUAUCUGUCUUCAUCAUUUAGGGAUCUGAAGCCAGAUAAUAUUCUCCUGGGUGCCAACGGCUAUCUCAAAAUAGCUGACUUUGGUCUCUCAGCAGAAAAUAUCUUUACAGAUACAACAACCAGAGGACACGCUGGCACACUGCUUUACAUGGCGCCAGAGGUUAGUUAGAGGGUGUGGUUACGUGGAAUGUAGGGGGAGGAGUUACGAGGAGUGGUAUAAGAGCAAUGCAGUAGCUAAAGGGGUGUAUAACGAGCAGUAGAAGGAUGACUAACACGAGCUGGGUAUAAGGGCAGUAUCGGAGUAUUAAUGGAUGCACUGACAAGAACGCUAUUGGACUAGCCUAAUAAUAAAAAGAUGGGUAAUGUAUGAAGAUCUCUAGAAUGUGAUAGGUUUGGUACAUUUAAUACCAUAUUUAAUAAAAUUGCAUAUCUUAUGGGUUUUGCCAGGUACUCAGCAACAAACUGUACGGCCAAUCAGCAGACUGGUGGUCAUUUGGCGUAAUUCUCUGCCGCAUGAUCACCGGAAAGUUCCCAUUUAAUAACAAGCUCAGCCGACAGGAGUACAUCAAGGAAGUAUUAAACACUGACCCACGUUACCCCACCUGGCUGUGCAGCAAUCCUACAGACCUCCUGGACAAGGUAAGGUGAUAGAGAAUGUGCCGGUUAAGGUUUUAAUUGGAUGUAAUGAUAGGGGAUGUAAAGAAACAUUAAAGAAAAUACUGGUGGAGAUAUGGGUGGGGGGGGGGGUGUUACUGGGAAUCGAUACUAGUUAUAUUUCUUGGAGUAUGUACUAAACAGGUUAAAGAACCAACUGGAAUAGUGAAAGUAACUUGUGUUCCGUGCUGAGAAGCUUCAGUAUUCCACAUUCAUGGCUGUCGCCCCCUUUUGCACGGGUUUGAUAGCGGCAUGGAGUGCUGGGGUGUUUAUCUAAUGCCUGAAAUGAUUUAAAUCCUGAUGUUUAAUGGGUUAAUACUAACAUUUAAUAAUGAUGGCAGAUAAAAACACUGACAUUUAAUUUACAAUACGUAAUCCUAUUUAUUAAGGGUAAGAGUGGACUGGAGUGUCCUAGUGGGAGAGUUAACAUAAAAAGAAGAGGGGAAAAAAGCAGAGGGAAGCCAUACCUUUUAAUAAUCCUAGGGGAAAAACAAUAGUGUGGAAAAGUAUCAGAACCCUAAAACAGGACAAGGUGAGAGACAACUAGUUAUUACUAUUACCAGCGUAUAUAAUUGCGUACACGGAUACCCGUAGAAAUCCCCAAAAAUCUGCUUUUUCCCCCUCUUCUUUUUAUGUUAACUCUCCCACUAGGACACUCCAGUCCACUCUUAUCUUUACUUUGUACAUUGUGUGUUAUUCCCCAGAUUUAGGGAGAGUAACAGUGGGCAUCCUUUGGCACUGCUCCAUUGGUCCCUCAUUGUUUUGGGACUUCUGGAUCAGAGCCUAUUUUCUUCUUUUCAUUUAUUAAUCCUAUUUAUUACUCUCUGCCUGCAACCGACAGACAGAUCAUGCAGCCAUUUUAUGUUCCGGACAACACAAGAGGAAAUCUAAAUUAAAAAAAACAUUAUUUACAACAAAUUAAAUUUGCUGAUCAGUCAUAUAAUUGAGAUUUUAGUUAAUGUAACACAUUUACCACAAACUUUUCAUAAGCACUGCCUCAUCUGAGGUUUGUUAGAAGGUUAAAAUGGCGUCCUCCAUCAGAGGUGAUUGGUUUUGAAUGCAUUAAAGUUUGUACAUCAAAGUGUUACAGUUCAGAGAUAUAAAGUAAAUUAUACUCAGUGUAUGCUCUCUCUCUUACUAGCUCCUGGAUAAGGAUCCUAAUGCACGUGCUGUGGCAGGAAGGAACAUUCGGGGGCACCCCUUCUACACAAACAUUAAUUGGGAAGAUCUAGAGAGGGGCAAAGUGACCUGUCCAUUCUUGUCAUUGCUGGUAAGUACACAAAUAAUCAGUAUUUACAAACUGAGGAAAGAUUAUAAAGAAUAA